AUUAUAUGUUGGGACUUGCAUUACUACAAAGGGAAGAAUAUGCGGGAGGAAUUAAGGAGUUGGAGAAGGCUUUGGAUCUUGAGAGGGGUGAUCCAAAUCCAAAGGGUUCUAUGGUGGAGGAGAUAUGGCAAGAACUUGCAGAAGCAAAGUACAAGGAGUGGGAGCAUGCAUCUACCAAGCGUUCAUGGGACUUGCAAAAUUUAAAAGAAGCUUGUGAGACUGCUCUCAGACAGAAACAUUUACUUGAAGAAUCGGAAAUGGAGGGGUUCUUGGAUGAUGCUUCUAUCUCUAAUGCAGAACAACUAAGGGCUUUAGAAAAAGUUUUCCAGAUAGCUGCAGAAGCUGACACACCAAAAGAAGUGCCCGAUCACCUGUGUUGUAAAAUUACGCUCGACAUAUUCCGUGAUCCGGUGAUCACUCCUAGUGGUGUUUCAUAUGAGCGUUCAGUGAUUUUGGACCAUCUUAGAAAGGUAGGUGAAUUUGAUCCAAUUACACGUGAGCGACUUGAUGAAUCUCAACUCAUCUCGAAUUUGGCCAUAAAGGAAGCAGUCCAUGCUUUUCUAGACAAACAUGGUUGGGCCUAUAGAACAGACUGACGGUCGAUUCCUUUUCUUGGGGACUCUUCUGGUAAUAGUCGUCUCAGCCUCCUGCAUCAUUAAUCAUAUUGCCGAACUGGUGUUCUUCUUUUCUAGUUUUGAUCUACGAGAUUCCCACAAUCAUAUUCAGGGUCUUGUUUUUGGAAUUGUACAGAUACUCUUAGAACCAAUGUCUUUAAUUGCUUGUACAGAUUUGGUCAACUUGGCUAUUUGACGAGUCAACUAUCAUAUGAUCACGCAAGGACAAUAGUUGCGGUGUGCUUGUUGUACCUAGCCAUGAACAUUUGUGUUGACACGUUUUGUGUGAUCUUGUGUGCUAAGACGAGAGCAACAUUGAAGAUUGAACUAUUGUAACUUAGUUCCAAGUUUUCCACAAAUGCCUAUGUGAAACAAAA